UUUCCAGUGGCUGCAGUGUAGAAGAACGAAAGAGCGUAGAAUAAAUUACACAUGGUCGAUGGAGAGUGAACCCCAACAACAGACAUCUGCUGCAUUUCACUUCAUUUCACCACACCACAGAGAGUAAAAAACAACUAAAUAUCUACUGUGACUACAGAGGGAGAGUUCCCUUCUCACUUCAGACCAGCCCUUUCCUUUUCUUCUCUUAAAACUGCUUCGUGAUCAGUUUGCUAACAAUCUAAGCAGACUGAUAUUCCUUCCUGCUGAUUCAGCACAAAGACAAAGCAAAGUGUACUGUUGCACUGCAUUAUCCUGAGCAGUAAACUUGCAUUGUCUUAAACAGGUUUGUUAAUCAUAAACCAAACUCAAUGUGGCAUUGAACUUUUGACUCUCAACAUAUAUUUCAUUAGUAAGUGUUUUUCUUCUGGCUUUUCUUAAGAACAGGACGGCUCCACAGCAAGAGAACAACAUGACAGCCAUAAAGAUGCAGACACAAAAGAUGCAUUCCUGCAGAAGACCCAAAAUGCAGUUCCUUGAAAUUUUCACCAGAAGCUUAAUUAUUCUGUGCAUAGCACUAGCCAUCAUAUUGUCCUCUAUUUCUGUGUGUGAUGGCCAUUGGCUUUUUGCUAAUGCCAAAGUAUUUGGACUUUGGCACUUUUGCAUCAUGGAGCAGCAUGGUGUCCCCAAUUGCACUACAGAUCUGAAUGUGGCCAGUAUUCAUGGACUGCAAGUUGGACUUAUAUUUUCCCGAACAGCUGUCUCUUUUGGGGUUGUAGCGGCUAUCUUUGGACUGGAGCUGUUGAUCGUCUCUCAAGUUUGUGAAGAUCCCCAUUCCAGAAAGAAGUGGUCUUUCGGAUCUCAGCUUGUUCUUUUGUCCUUUGCGUUGUCAGCUACUGGGAUGCUGAGUUUUGUUAUCUGGCUGUGGAACCAGGUCUCCUUCAUGGGGUUUACUUUGACCUACUGGUGCCAAUUCACUGCCGUGUUUCUCUUCUUUCUAAACGGAAUCAGCGGGCUUCACAUUCAUAGUUUAAUGCAGCUGCCUAUAGUUCACCCAGGGAACAUGUAGAAUAAUUUCAGUUCGUGUAGGUUAAAUACAGUUUUGCUUAUGAUUUAGGUAAAUAAUUAUUUUUGUAUAUAAAAAAAAAUGGAAAGAUGGACUGACAUUGUCAUCCAAAUUCCUUUUUACAACAUUUAUUUUCAUGAUCACAGGUAGUAUUUUGGUUUUAUUAAGGAAAUAACUUUAAAUGUGUGAUCUCAUGAAAGGGAAACCUAACUGUUAAUGUCUCAAAACAAGUUGUACUAUAACAUCUUUUGACUAUUGAGUUUGACAGGUGUUGUGUUCAGUAAUAUAUAUAUAUUUGAAAACAGCACCUGGCAAACUGAAUAGUCGAAAGAUGUAGAUCAACCAAAAUUAAAUUUGCACAUUUAUCAGCAUAUGAACUUUCAGUGUUAUUGUCAGUGUUAGCACAUGCAAACAUUUGACAAGGGCAUUUUUGUUCCAUUUUAGCGAGCUGUAGUUUAGUAUUACAGACAGACCUGCCUGUCUCUUACAGUAUGUUUACUGAACCCGGUUACCAUGAAUUUUGUGAACAUUUUAAUGUUUACUUCAGAAGAAAUUGAUCAAGUAAACCAAUGAUUGUGCAUUUAUGUAAAUGUGGUGUUCCCAUGAAUUAAUUUUUAUUUUUUUGUAAAUACUGUAAACACAUGAAAUUGUUUCUCAACUUAUUAUUUCUUUAUUUUAUUUUUUAAGGUCUGAUCCGGGCUUGGAUUAAUAUAGGCACCAGAAUCCAAUCCAAUUAUUUAUCUGUAUUUAUCUUGCUCUUAAUUGUAUUAUUACUUGUACUGUAUUACUUGAAAUGUAUUUGCUUACGAUUGUAAGUCGCCCUGGAUAAGGGCGCCUGCUAAGAAAUAAAUAAUAAUAAUAAUUAUAAUUGAUUUCUAGUGCAGUUAGGAAACAGUUGCACAGUAUCACUAAACACAAAAGUUCUGAGUAGCUUUUUAAAAUGCAAUCUUUAAUUUUACAAUGGCCUCAUAUAGGUGCAAAAUCUAUUCAAACAAAUUCACAGAUGUGCAGUUUUCUUGCUAUUAUUUUGCUAUAAAUUUGAAUAAAAGUUUUUUAAUGAGAGCAUUGCAAUAGUUACCUGGCUACAGUUUUUAUGAUCUGUGUAAAGGUUAAAGUAUAUCAGUCUGACCUUGACGAUAUUGCUAUUUUGAUCUGUCAUAAUGCCUUUAAUAUGGCCUAUGUUGUUAAAGCCCAAAGGUAAAAAGAACAACAGCUGUUAAUUGCAUUCAUCAAGACAAUGUACCUGUUAAAGCAUUAUACCGAAAGCCAUAAAACCAUAAUAAACCUUAUCACACUUUUUCUUAUUGAGCCAGAUCUGGUUUGUGUUUUCUCCUGAAUGGAUAUUUAAUUGUUGUUGCUUCCAAAAAUGUUAUUUCCUGCAAAUCUGAUCAAGAAUAAUUUGAUAUCAAGUUGCAUUUGUGAUCUCCUGAAUGAUCUUAUCACAUAUUAU